CCAGCCUCAUGAUGGACAGAUUUUUUCGUGUUUUGAGGAACCUAGACAAAAUGAAUUAGUAUUCAUUGGUUAAUGACUUUUGUGGGAUUCGAUGAUGGUGCUCACAUGAAACUCUCUAGACCUAUUCUUCGGUGGAAGGGUACUUUGUCAAGUUGCAACAUUGUUGACUGAGGGUAUGUAAAACUGUGAUGAUAACUGCCUUCUGUAUUCCUCAUCCAAAUUCUCUUCGUUCAUUAACCUCUUACUUCCGGGUGUCGAUUCACGAUAUCAAUAGAUCGGGUGCCGGUCUGGGCGAUUUCAUUCUGUACUCACUAAUCCAGCGAGGAAAUUCCUAAAGGCCGGCGGAUCCAAGGUUCUGGGAAGGAAUCGUCUGUAUUUAGGAUCCGUAAGGUCUGGAGCAGUAAAGUAGACGAGGGUGUGGUUUCGGUUCAAAAGAAUCCUGCGCUCUCUUGAAGGGCGGGUGACCACGGUUACUACAGUGGUCAAGAGCUGUACACAAUUAAAAACUUGGAUUCGGCCUCAAAUUGGGCGGAUCUCCCUCAUGGGUUUCCCCCAAUUCUGUUCCCCUAUAAUUUAGAUCUCUCUCUCUCACACUCUUUGAUCUGUUGGUGUUGCAUGCCAAUUCGAAGCAGCGGCAGCGUGCUCCGAGGAGUUGAAGGGACAGCAGUCAGAGAGGAGAAUCGACAAGAUGGCCUUGACACCUCCAGCGCCCGUGACUCCCGAAUGGCUUAACAAGGGCGACAAUGCAUGGCAGUUGACGGCCAGCACUCUGGUGGGGAUUCAAACCGUACCAGCGCUGGUGAUCCUCUACGGCAGCAUCGUGAAGAAGAAAUGGGCUGUGAAUUCAGCAUUUAUGGCGUUUUAUGCCUUCGCUGCCGUAUUGCUGUGUUGGGUGGCAUGGGCUUACAAGAUGUCGUUCGGGGAGAAGCUCAUUCCCAUCUGGGGCAAGGCGGGAACCACGCUCAGCUUCAAGUAUCUUCUCUCGCAGGCGGAACUGCCUGCGAGCGCCACACCUGAUGUCCCAAAGUUGAUGCCAUUUUAUCCGAUGGCGACGCAUGUGUACUUCCAGUUCGUCUUUGCGGCAAUCACCCUCGUGCUUUUGGCAGGAUCUGUUUUGGGGAGAAUGAGCUUCCGAGCAUGGAUGCUGUUCGUCCCAUUAUGGCUGACGUGUUCUUACACAGUCGGUGCCUUCAGCCUCUGGGGUGGUGGAUUCUUAUGGCAAUGGGGCGUUAUUGACUACGCCGGUGGUUUUGUUAUUCAUCUCUCAUCCGGUAUUGCUGGUUUCACUGCUGCUUAUUGGGUUGGACCAAGGCUAACUAGGGACCGCGAGCGUUUUCCUCCCAACAACGUCUUGCUCAUGCUAGCGGGGGCUGGGCUUCUGUGGAUGGGGUGGGCAGGAUUCAAUGGCGGUGCAGCGGUAUCUGCAAAUUUGAUUGCAUCCAUCGCUGUCAUCAACACCAACGUUUGCGCUGCGACUAGCUUGCUGGUGUGGACUGGCCUUGACGUCGUUGUCUUUGGCAAGCCUUCCGUGAUUGGUGCCGUGCAGGGAAUGAUCACGGGUCUUGUCGUCAUCACCCCCGGUGCAGGUCUCGUCCAGGGAUGGGCGGCGCUCGUGAUGGGCGUCUUUGCAGGAUCCGUGCCCUGGUUCACAAUGAUGGUGGUUCACAAGAAAUCGAAGCUGCUUCAGAAGGUGGACGACACGCUGGGCGUGUUUCACACCCAUGCUGUGGCUGGCCUCUUGGGCGGAUUACUCUCUGGAUGUCUUGCAGAGAACACGCUUUGCGAUUAUUUCCUUCCGGUCGUAGGUUUGCAGGGUGCCUUCUACGGAGGUUCUGGAGGAAAGCAACUGGGCAAGCAAAUUGUAGCGGCUCUUUUCAUAAUUGGCUGGAACAUUGUCGUGACGAGCAUAAUUCUCAACGUCAUUAAACUGAUAACCCCGCUACGUAUGUCGGACGAGCAUCUCCUCAUCGGUGACGACGCCGAGCACGGGGAGGAGGCUUAUGCAUUGUGGGGUGAUGGCGAGAUAUAUGACUUGUCAAAACAUGGUGCCUCUGAGUUGGACAACACCAAACACGGUUCGAUGGAGUUUGAUAAGCAGCCCACGGUGGCGCUGUAGAUCUGUCUAACUCCACAACUAUAUGUAAUAUUUUAAAGAUGAAAACACACUCAAAAAAUGUUUCACAUGCCAUAGAACCCGUGCAGGUCGGAAUGACCUGUCAGAGGAAAAAGCAGUGCGCAGUUUGCUGAAGGAGAUGAUGAUGGUGGUGUAUCCAAUUAUUGUACCAUGAUAGGGGGAUUAUCCUACAAAAAACAAAGUGAUUUCCGAAAUAGUCAGAAUGUGUUGAAAUGCAUGAUAUCUCAUAAAAGAAGAUGUCAUCUGUGAGCCUUGAUGAUAAUGAAUUAUCCACAUGGUCAAAUUUGAAUA